GGUUCAAUUUGUUAUUCGUAUGAAGAAGAAGAUAUUGUUAAUACUUUCUAAACUCUGAAUUUCAAAGGGAAGAAUAUAUUAUUUUUCUUUUUUUAGUUUUGCAGGUAAUAUUAUGAAUAAUAUUUCAAGUAAAAGGGAAGAAGACAUGGAUAAUUCAUCUUCAGAUCACAAUAAGACCCCGUUUGGAUCUCGUUUAAGGAGGAGUUGCUUAUCGUUUGCAGCUUCUGUACAAGAAGGUUUUCGAUAUGUAAAAGCAUUUUUUGUGGGUCAGGUAAAGACAAUUACUGCAAGAAACGAGCAAGAGGCAAGUGAAGCUGAACUCGAAGCUACCAAGAAGCAGGUUGAUGCUACAGACGCUGCUCAAGAUAUCAAGAACAGACUCAAAAUAUCCCAGAGCUGACUUGUCUGGAUGAUGAACAUAAAGCUUAUUGAUGUAGUUGGGAUUGGGAUCAGGAACAUAGAAUUCAGCAGCAGAACGAUCUGGAAUGCCUAUCUCCCAUAAUGUUGGGCCAUCUCUUGGAGCCUCAAAAACAAUCUCACCAACAUCAAUUUCACAACCUGCAUAUUCCAUUUUUCAUACACUUUCACAAAUCAUAUAAUUUCUGUAAAGUGAAUACUUGCUUAUUCUCAAAUUAUGAUGUACAUUAAAUUAAGGAUAUGAACGUUGAUGGGGUGGCAUUCUCGAAUUUGGAUUAUUCCUCAGACUUUUAGCUUUCAAUCACUAUAUUUGGAAGUUUCAAAAGAAACAGUGUAUGUUGAAGGUUCAAAAAACCCAACAACCCAUCAAUACGAGUAGGAAGGAAUUCUCCUCCUAAGCUUAAACACAACGACAAAUGAAAGAAAUGAGAGAUUGAUCUUUUGAUUUUGCAUUUA